GGGCGGCGCGUCGUGACCCCAUGUAGGCGGAGUACACACGUGACGCAUCCUAUGCGAGCGAUAUGCUCCUAUCUUCAUUGGUAAAAAAUAUAUAACAUGCGAGAAGAAAACAGAAAGUAAAAUUAAUUAAGUGCACAGUUAUUCCCGUUUGAGUAUUUAAUUUACUGCAGCAAUCCUUGUUAUUCUAAAAUAGGUAAUGAUUUACCUUAUUUUACUGACUAAUAACGUGAUAAACAGUGGCACAGGUUUUAAUACGAAAUCGACCACAAACGCGAUGACACCAUUCAGUUUGUACGGUGCCCUAUUAAUUUAUUUUCAAAUAUCUAAUUAUGUACGUGUCGCUGCUGAGGAAAAGUUCGAAGAAAAUAAUAAUUGUGUACAAAAUUUAAACGGUGAAAAAUAUAUUGUUAAUUCAUGUGUCGCAAAAUGUUGCCCGCGCAAUAAAUAUGUGGUUAAACAUAGAAAAUUCGAAUCCAAGUUUAGAUACGAUUGUGAAGAUUACAACGGGCCGAACGUCAAUUUGGAUUUCAACGACGCGCAAGUUUACAAUGAAGAUAGAACAGAAAUGACAUCAACAGUUAAUAAAACAUUUCAUAUUGUUCCGGACAAGUUUAAAAAUGAGUCAUUUAAAAUGAAUGCGAUGGAUUACACUUAUUUCGCCAAACUGGCCAAAGAAAACUUUUACUUAACGGUGGGUGGUAAUGUAUACAGAGAAAAGCCUAACUUCUACGACAGAUGGCAUGUAUGGGACGCUACGGUAUUUUGCAUAGACUAUUUUAUGACAAACCCAGAUCAAAAACCUUCAUUCCAUAUAUGGGUUGAUGAAAAUGAAAUACCAAAUAACGUGAACAGAUCAGUCAAAUUCUACCAAAUAUACGCCGAUUUAUUGACGAGCUUCUUCCUUCUUUUAGUAUUUGUAGUCUACUUAUUACUACCAAAUCUAAGAAGAAACCUUGGUGGAAAAAUUGUAAUGGCUUAUGUAUUUUGCUUAUUUGGAGCAUACGUAGCCCUUUAUGUCAAUCAAAAUCAUCAGGUGAAAUACUGCAAUGUUUUAGCAAUGGCGACCUAUUUCUUUUUCAUGUCAAGUUUCUGCUGGAUGAAUGUAAUGUCAAUAGAUAUCUGGUGGACUUUUAGGAGUUACGCCAAAUCCCGUAGUAUUGGCCGCCGUGAAGAUCGCAAGAGGUUUAUAAAGUACUGUUUGUAUGCAUACGGAUUACCAUUAAUAAUGACAAUUGCCCUUGGUAUCCUGAACACAUUAGAACUUCGUCAAUAUCCUUGGUUUGUUUUGCCUAAAAUUGGUGCAACCGGUUGUUUCUUAGAUGGUGGAUCUAAGUUUCUGUAUCUUUACAUACCAAUGACGAUCAUGAUUUCUAUGAAUUGGCUCUUUUUCUUGAUGACUGCAUUUAACGUGUGGAGACUCAGUCGGGGUACGAAAGUACUUGACCUUUCCAACUCUAGCAGCACUGUUGGACAACGCAAGCAAUGGGCCAGAUUCAUGGUGUAUCUCAAGUUAUCUAUCGUGAUGGGACUCAGCUGGGUUUUCGAGAUAUUGUCCUAUAAAUUACCUGGCUACGUUAUUUGGGAAAUCACCGAUAUUUACAAUGUGUUUAUCGGUCUAGCUAUUUUUAUGAUAUUUGUCGUCAAGAAGAAAAUAUACAGACAACUUAAAAGCCGAUUCAAAACGUGCGGCCAAAAUAAGAAUUGGAACCGUUCUACGCAAAGCACAAAGAACGUCACAUCAAAUUUCAUCAUAAACGACACUUCAGAACCUACUGUAAUCAUUAACCCAAAAGGACCGGAAUAUUAAUUCAAAGUUUGAUUUAUUGAGUUGUAUUGUACCAAAGUUUAUACACCGUGAUUUUGCAGUCGUUUUGGAACCGAAUAUUUUAAAUUCUGUAUCAAUAAUAGUUUAAAAAAAUACCAAUGUAAUAAAAGGUUUUUUUUUAUAUAUAAACAUUAAAAUGUAUGUUUACAAAUAAUAAAUGAGAACUCGAGGUAAUGCAACUAAAUGUCACGUACUACUACGAUCACCACGAUCGGUGCCAUUCAUAACUAUGAAUAAUUGUCCCGACUACUAUCAUUACUAUCAUUAUCAAACUCGAAUGAGUGAAAAAUAUUAUCAAAAACUUUUUUUUUUAAUUAUCAACAGUACAAUAAUUCAUAUUUUUUUUGUUAAUUCCUAAUAAUUGUUCUAAGUAACCAAAUUUUUGUUCCAAAACGACUAUAAAAUCACGGUGUAUUGUAAUUGUACCAAAGUUUAUGAUUUGUUUCAAAGUUGUAAUAUUGUACAGUCAGCCACAGAAGUAGCUAAAACAUUAAAAACAAAACGCUUUUACAGAUUUACUUCAAUCGAAAUAUUAUUUCUUCUAUACCUAAAAUAAAUUAAACCCUCUGAAAUUUAUGUUAGUGAAGAUAAACGACUUGAUUUCGACGUGUGACAGACUAAUUAACUUAAGCGAAUUUUUUUUUGCGACACUAAAAUUCAUACAUAUAUUAAAUCAGAACUUUCGUGUUUUUUUAAACUAGUUAAAUUUUUUCGAAAAAAUGUGUCGCUUACGUCAAUUAGACUUUCAACCGUCGAUAUAGACAUAAAAAUUCGAUUUGAAAAUUUGAGUUUUUUCAGCAAUUUUUGUGGCUGACUGUACCAAUAUGUAUGUUGACAUGUGUCAACAUUUUAAUGUUACCACAAAUCUGCACUCAAUUAGUAUUAAAUUUAAUACUUAUAUUGCCAUGUCAGUACAUUCUUUCAUCCCUGAAGUGGUAGGCAGAACCCUAACGAGCACACCAACUUUUCGCCAUAUGUGUUCCGUCAAUCUGCCUCCGUGACAUAAUUGUAUCGCGUGGGCAGUUGUAUUAUUUAUCCGAGGUCUUGGGUUCGAAACCCAGAUCAGUCCAAGUGAUAUUGGGUUUCCUGCUCAACCCGUAGUUUGGAAUUUGUACCUGAUAUGGCGGUGGAAUCGCCUCUAUCAUGACGGAUAAAAAUAUUAUUGAAAUGAAUGAUUUUAUUCUUAUAUUUACUAAGUAUUAUAAAAUUAAUAUAAUAAUUUCUUACGUUUACGCGAAUGUUAGAGAUUAAAAUAAAACAAUUUUAUCGGAUUUAAUCUCGAAAUUUUAUACUAUUAUUUCUCCCAACGUUUCAAAGACUGCAGCCUUGAUGGUUACGGCUUGGAAAUUUGUAUUAUUGUAAAAUGUAGAUAGAUGUUGUAACUUUGAUAUUUCAGAGACCAACACCUCAGUCCGCUCUGUGAUCGUGAAGGCUGCAGUCAUCGAAACGUUGAGAGAAAAUUAUAAUAUAAAAAAAAAACACGAUAAAAUUCGCAAAUUAAUUUUAUAUCAUUAAAAUUAAUAUAUGGU